UGGCAGAUUUUUUUUCCCAUUUUCCGGCAUGGCCUUGCAAUCCUCUCUAAUGUUCUCCGUACGACGACGUAAACCCGAACUGAUUCCUCCGGCGAAGCCAACUCCUCGCGAAUACAAGUGCCUUUCCGAAAUCGAUGAUCAAGGUGGUUAUAGGUUUCAAUUUCCAGUGAUACUAUUUUACCGGAAUAUUGAUCCUGCGAUGUGUGGAAUAGACGCUGUGAAGGUGAUCAGAGAGGCAAUUGGAAAAGUAUUGGUUUUUUACUACCCAUUUGCAGGUAGGCUAAGGGAAGGGCCUGGUCGGAAGCUUAUUGUGGAUUGCAAUGCAGAAGGUGUGUUGUUCAUUGAGGCUGAUGCGGAUGUAAGCCUCCAGCAAUUUGGUGAUACAAUUUGCCCACCAUUCCCUUGCAUGGAUGAAUUCCUUUAUGAGGUACCUGGCUCAGAAGGGAUUGCUGAUUCCCCUUUAUUAUUGAUUCAGGUUACACGUUUGAUUUGUGGUGGAUUUAUCGUUGCCGUCCGCUUGAACCACGUUAUGAGCGACGUACUUGGCCUGUCCCAAUUCUUGACGGCUGUGGGUGAGAUAGCCUGCGGGAGACAAUCCCCAUCGGUGAAACCUGUAUGGAAGAGAGAGCUCCUCAAUGCUCGUGACCCACCACGUGUGACAUGUGUGCAUCACGAAUUCGAUGACGUGGACAAGGUUCACACAAAUGGCAAGAAACCCAAAUCACUAGACCAACCAGUACACCGGAACUUCUUCUUCGGUCCAACAGAGAUAGCAGCCCUACGCAAGCACGUACCCUCACAUCUCCAAGCAUGCUCUACGUAUGAGUUAGUAACUGCAUGUCUAUGGCGAUGUCGUACGGUUGCACUCCAAUUGGACCCGGAUGAUGAAGUCCGUUUACUUUUCCCUGUUAAUGUUAAUAGACGUUCGAAAACCCGUCCGCCUUUGCCAGUCGGGUUCUAUGGCAAUGCGUUUGUCCUCCCAGCCGGCCUAUCGACCGCCGGAAAGCUGUGUUGGAAUCCGCUAAGCUACGCACUGGAGUUGGUGAUGAAGGUCAAAUCAAAUGCUACAGAUGAGUAUAUGAGAUCACUAGCGGACUUGAUGGUGAUCAAGAGACAACCCCACUAUAAAGUUGCAGGAAGCUUUGUUGUUCCAGAUGUGACACGUGCUGGGCUGUGUAACGUUGAUUUUGGGUGGGGGAAAGCAGUGUAUGGUGGGCCUGCCAAGGCAGAUGUGGGGACCAUACCAGGUAUUAUGAGUAUGCAUAUACCGUUUAAGAACAGCAAUAUUGAAGAGGGUGCAAUUGUGGUGCCUAUUUUCUUGUCAGAGCCAGCCAUGGAGAGGUUUGCAGAGGAGCUAGCUAACAUGAUUGGAGGCCCUUUGUUGGACCCAUAUGCCAAGACAACUGUGUCUGGCCUCGUUAGAUCUGCUCUAUAAUCA